ACCAUCUGUCAAAUGAAAUAACUGUUAAUCCCGGGCCCAUAAAAAGGAUAAAGUAAUAAACGAAAAGAAAAUUGCAAAAGCUACCUGACCGCCAUUUAGGCAUAAUAAUUUUGGCAAAAAAAAAAAAAAAGGAAAACCGUUUGCAGCUGCAGGGAUUAAAUUUUAUAGUGUUUUACCUGUCGCAAAGUGAGUGAGUCGCAAAUGGAGAAUGUGGAAAAUAAAGCGUAUAAAAAGGAGGAGGCUCAAAGAAUUUGCAUGCCAGUUGUUAACAAAACGCAAACGUGGCCAGAACCUAAGACACCAAAUUUGCUGCCAAUUGCGCCGUAUACAUAUUACUAUCAACCACAACAGUAUUUACAACAGUUUACGCCGUAUUAUUACAAUUUGAUAACAGCGCCAAUUAACUACAAUUUGGGCUACAGUUAUCCCUCGCUAAUGGCGACCAAAAUGGACAUUGAGCAGUACAUCAACUAUGAGCUGAAACGUCAACAGAGCCUGAUGAAAGAAAAACAACAGCAACAACAACAACAAAAUCCGCCAGCACGUUCAGCACUUGCGCCUCUUCAGCUGCAGUCGCUUGAACGGCAGCUGGCGCCACAGGUGAAGCCAAUUGAACGCCAGAUGACGCCACAAGUGCAGCCAAUUGGACGCCAGGUGGCGCCAAAGGAGAAGCGCAUUUUAAAUGUACAAGUGAUGGCCAUGGCCACCAAUCCGCGUGACCGGAGACCCGCUGUGGAGCCACUGCCUCCGGUUGAGGAUGCGUUCAGGGAGCGUGUGGCCAAAAUCGAUAAGAGUCAACAACAUUAUACGCAACUCUUUGGACGACUCACCAGCAUGUUGCAGACACUGAAUCGUCGCUACGAUGGCCAUGAGCCGGAACCGGAAUCAGAGCCGGAACCGGAUACAGAGGCAGAAGCGGAGCAGGAAUGCGAGAUCGCUCCCGCUCCACCCUCGAAGCGACCACGUCACGAGUCCUGCAGUUCCUCGGAAUCCCAACUGGAUGUGGAGACGGCACUCUCGCAUUAUCCCCAACGCCUCAAGCUGGAGGAUGGCAGCGCCGUCUAUGUGCUCGGUCCCAAUGGCACACGGAUCAGUGGUCAGCAGUACGGCCAAAUCUUCUGGACAGACGCACCAGUGGCCACACGUUGCCUCCUCGCCGCUGUCUUCAGCAGCGAUGAGCUGGCCACGCACACAUUGACCGGCAAACCAUCGCCGGCAUUCUACGGACGCGAACGUCCCGCCAAAAAGAUGUUGGACCAGCGACGCGUCGACGACAUCGUGGUGAGCGUGCGCAAUCGCACCGGCGGCAAGGAGCGCAACAUUCGGGCCACCAUCACCACCAAGUGCGCCGACACGGCCAAGAAGUACAAGCGACGGGCCAAAAAGGCCUCCAAGGCCCACAUGAUCGUCAUAGACGAAUGAGACUGCGUUCCCCUAACCGGAUUAAAUCCUGGCCAAGAAGCGCUUAAUAUUAGUUGUAUAACCUAUGAUCUAGUUCGAAUAAAGCAACAUUUUAUUAAAAUU